AUGGUUGGGUUCAGAGUAGAGGGUCUGGCGGUUAGGUUUAGGCACAAAGGCAGCCCGGUGUCUGGACGCAGCGGCAGCGGGCAGGUGUGUCUGGAGAGGCAGCUGUUCUUCAACAUGUCCGUCCUGCAGCCCGUGGAGCUGCUGUCUCUGGCUCGCCUGGAAAUCGCCUUCCACUGGGAGCCCCUCAGACCCGCCGACCUCCUGCAGGGCCCCCGGGCCGUCAGCUUGUCCCUGCACACAGUGAUCCGAGCCACCUUGAAGGGGGCCGACCCUCGGGCCAGCCGCAGACUGCUGCUGUCGCAGUCGCUCCAGCUGCAGGCGGAGUCCUCCUCCGUCACCCUGGACCUGACGCCGGUGGCGGAGAGCUGGCGUAAACCGGGCCAUAAUUACGGUUUGGUUCUGGAGCUGCUCCCUGUCAGCGCAGAUCCCGAGGAGCUGCUUCCGUUUUAUCCUGGACACUCCCUCCCACUGGAGCCAGCCCCCACCUUCCCACUGGUUCAGGCCUCGCUGGUGGCGGUGUCCUUGAACCCCGACCAGUGUCGCUCCCGGCAGAGGCGGAGCUCCGUGCCGGUGAGCCUCAGCAACGUGUGCAAGGCUCGCCGCCUCUACAUCGACUUCAAAGACGUGGGCUGGCAGGACUGGAUCAUCGCCCCCCAGGGCUACUUGGCCAACUACUGCCACGGCGAGUGCCCGUUCCCGCUCAGCGAGAGCCUGAACAGCACCAACCACGCCAUCCUGCAGACCCUGGUGCACUCGCUGGACCCCCGGGACACGCCUCAGCCCUGCUGCGUGCCCGUCCGCCUCUCCCCCAUCUCCAUGCUCUACUACGACAACAACGACAACGUGGUGCUCCGCCACUACCAGGACAUGGUGGUGGACGAGUGCGGGUGUCGAUGA